GAAUUAACUAUCAUCGUUCAAUUUCGUUCGUCUAAGGCUAAAUAGAAGUAAGAGCUUAGGAAUAUUUUACCGCUUUGUCUUCACAGUCCUCCAACACGCGUAUCACGCAUGCAAAAAUUUCAUUGCUAAUGAGAAUUAACCUUCCUUUAUCUGAUUAACUUUUUGUACAGAAAUUACAUAAUUAAGCGAGAUGGAAUAAUUUCAGCAAGACAACGCUAAGCCUAAAAUAACGUGAGAAAAGCUGCAGCCUCGAGCUGAUGAUCCAGUCGAGUGACCGCUGCAGAAGCGCGGCCCUAGAACACGUUUGCCAUAAAUUCGACCUGGGAAUUCGGGUCAUCAAAUUCAUUCGAGACGAACACUGAAGCUCAGCCCGUCUUGGGAUAUUCUUAAAGCAGCGCGACCUGCUGCUCUGUGCAACAGAGCGGAGACUGUCGGGUAUACGUUCCAAGACUCCUGAAAACACUACCGACUUCUGGCAAUCCAUAACGGUUGGUUGGCGUGAGAAAACUUUGUUGAGUGCCGAGCAUCUCUACGUCAGAGUAUCGCUGGCUGCCGACUCAAGUGAUGGGUACUCCACUUCCCACCGACACAAAGGAGGCCAGUCCGAAGGCCACCUCUGCACCCCCACCGGCAGACUCGCGUAUGUGUCCAAAUUCAGUAAAUUUAUCAAGUCCUUCGACACCAUUAAGUGAUUCUAUUGAUUAUUUGGCUACAGCUGCAAGAGACUUGCGUUCUUCUUCCAGAAGAUCUCAGUCAAGUGAUGGAAAGUUCGAACGAAAGCCCGAUGAUUGCUUGUUAAGAACUCGCUCCAAGGUCUCUUCCACGAAGCCGUAUGGUCUGCAAUCUUCCUGGGAUACUAGCAUAGGAAAGUUUUUGUUCAGUUCCAAUGGCAGAAUGAGUCGGCCUAAAAAGCGUUACAUUUGCCGAUUUUGUAGCAGAGAGUUCACAAAAAGCUACAACCUCUUAAUUCACGAGCGCACACACACGGACGAGCGACCUUUCCCUUGUGAUAUUUGUGGCAAGGCCUUCAGAAGACAAGACCAUCUCCGUGAUCACAAAUACAUCCACAGUAAAGACAAGCCUUUCAAAUGCAGUGUUUGUGGCAAAGGUUUUUGUCAGGCCAGAACGCUUGCGGUGCACAAGUCUCAACAUCCCAAAGAAUCUCUAUCACCGAGGCUAGAAUCGCCUCGGAAAGCAAAUCCACUUCCAGAUACUCUACCAGCUUCUGUGCCAUCAACAAACUGUUUUUCAUUCCCAAGAGAUUUAAUCGAUUCUCGUCCAAGUCUAGUGCCGUAUCCGUCUCUUUACGACAUACACAGGCCCCUACACAACUCAAUUUCGCGUGGAUAUUCAAUGCCGUCCCCGCUAAGUAUUCAGUCUGUAGCUUUCAGUAACUUGGUGGCUCAGUUACACUAUCGACAAGCUCAGGAAAUUUUACGACAGCAGUUGCCUCAGAGUCAAAUUUCUAAUUCCAAUGAUGAAAUUCUGACAAAAGAGAUAAUAUCCAAAGAAAAGUAUAAUAGACUCGAUGAAAACAUUGUUGAAGAAACCCAACGACAAGAAAUAGCAUUGGAUUUAAGGACUUCCGGCAGACAAAGUAGUUCAACAUCAGCCAAUACAAUUAAGCUGCUGCUCAAAGAUCAUUCAAAACUGUCUAUUGAUAUCAACCAUAACAGUGUGAGGGGUACCUAUAGCACCUAAGAGAGUGAAUGUCCUUUU